AUGUCGUUGAAAACCAGGGCGUACAUUAAGGACUACUGCAAGAGGAACGGCCUGCUGACACUCUCCGUCUUCGCUGUAGUGACGGGCUGUGUGCUUGGAUUUGUCCUCAGGUCCUUAAACCUUUCCACACAGGCUAAGAUCUACUUCUCCUUCCCUGGAGAGCUGCUGAUGAGGAUGUUAAAGAUGUUGAUUCUGCCGCUCAUCACCUCCAGUCUCAUGUCCGGCCUGUCAGCCAUGGACACGAGGGCAAGUGGUCGGCUGGGAGUCCUGACCAUCACCUACUACCUGUGGACCACCUUCAUCGCUGUCAUCGUCGGCAUCGUGCUGGUGCUCAUCAUUCACCCGGGGACGGGCUCAGAGAAAGACGGCCACCAUGCAAGUUCAGGGCCUGUUAUGACCUCCGCGGACGCUCUGCUGGACCUCAUCAGGAACAUGAUCCCAUCAAAUCUAAUUGAAGCAACUUUUCAGCAGUACCGAACGGACCUGCUCCCGAUUGUACAGAACUCUGAUGUAAAAGACUCUCAGGCCAACUAUGUGUAUAUCAUGCCCGACUACCACAACCCUCAACUGGGCCACCCAGUCUUCUUGGAGAUCACCCCUGCUCCCGACAUCAAGUAUAAAAUCGUCCCCAGCACCAGCAAGGGCAUGAACGUACUGGGGAUUGUCAUCUUCUCCGCCACAAUGGGUCUGCUGCUGGGAAAGAUGGGAGAACGCGGGGCGCCAUUAGUGAACGUGUGCCAGUGCAUCAACGAGUGCGUCAUGAAGAUUAUUAACGCUGCCAUGUGGUACUUCCCCUUUGGCAUUGUGUUCCUGGUGGCAGGGAAGAUCCUGGACAUGCACGACCCGGCCCACCUGGGAGAGAAGCUGGGCAUGUACUUCAUCACGGUCCUGUGUGGUUUGUUUGUGCACGGCCUCAUCCUGCUGCCUGCCUUCUACUUCUUCUUCACUCGCAAAAACCCCUUCACCUACAUCAGAGGGUUGCUGCAGGCUCUCGUCAUUGCACUGGCCACAUCAUCCAGCUCAGCCACAUUGCCCAUCACCAUGAAGUGUCUCUUGGAGAACUGUGGAGUGGACCGGCAGAUCGCUCGCUUCGUGCUGCCAGUGGGAGCUACCAUCAACAUGGAUGGGACUGCCCUGUACGAGGCAGUGGCGGCCAUCUUUAUCGCCCAGGUCAAUGAGUAUGACUUGGACUUUGGUCAGCUGGUCACUAUUAGUAUAACGGCGACAGCAGCCAGCAUCGGGGCAGCUGGGAUACCUCAGGCGGGUCUGGUUACCAUGGUGAUUGUCCUGACCUCUGUGGGGUUGCCGCCUGCUGACAUCUCGCUGAUUGUGGCCAUAGAUUGGGUUCUUGACCGGUUCCGGACUAUGAUCAAUGUUCUUGGUGAUGCCUUAGCUGCUGGGAUUAUGGCUCAUUUAUGUCGGAAGGACUUUGAGAAAGCAGCCAAUAAUGGUGCAACUCCUACCCCAUCUAAUGCAGAAAACGGAGACACAGUAAUCUCCUUUGGUAAUCAGAGCGUGGCAAUGUCCGAUGCUCCUCUGAUCACGCACCGCUGCGAUUAUGUGUAUGAGGUGGAUGGAGACAACGUGCUGGAGAAACCUGUGGCCUGCUACAACCUCUGCCAAGUAUGA